AUGACUGACGUCGCAGACGGAGUGUCCCUGCUAGCCUAUGUGACCGGCACUGUCCCUACUCCUGCUGAGACUGCUCCUGCCCCUGAACGAGCACAGUGGGAGCUCCGCGAUGCUGUCGCGCGCCUUGUUAUUCGCAAUCACCUACCGAUCUCUGAGCGCGCGCAUUUCAACCAGCUUCAGACUGCUAAGACGCUGUAUGAUGCUGUCGUUGCCCGCUAUUCCGCCCCGACCACAGCCACCGUUGGUAGUCUCAUCCUGCCUUACCUGUUCCCAGACUUAGCCUCGUUUCACACUGCUGCCGACCUUAUCACUCACCUCCGCGCUAGUGACGCCCGCUUUCGAGCCGCUCUUACCAAAGAGUUCCUCGCCACGAACACCCCCCCGCUGUACUUCACCCUCUACAUCCUCGUCACCCGCCUCCCUGACACUCUUCGCUCUGUCAGGGAUUACUUCCUUGCCAAGGAUCCUCCAACUAUCACUCUGGACGACUUCGAGCAGCAGCUGGUCGCAGCAGAGAAGAACAUCCUCGCUGUCGGUGCUGCUCGUGGCACUCCCCGCACUCCCCUCUUUGAGGGGUGCUCCCCCUCCCCUCUUGACCCCUCCUACGCCUCUGCUGCUACUGCUGUCGACUUCCUCGGUGCGGAGAAGGUCGCAGCGGCUUCCGCUCCUGGUGGGAAGCGUGGUGGUGGCAGGGGCGGCAAGGGUGGCAGGGGUGGCGGAGGUGGCGGUGGAGGGAGCGGUGGUGGAGGCGGCGGGGGUGGUGGAGGUGGUGGGGGUGGCCGUGGGGGUGGAGGCGGUGGAUGGGGUGGCGGCAGGACCGGGAGCGGUGGAGGCGGCGGCGGCGGUGGUGGGGGAGGAGGCAGCGGCAGUGGCGGUGGAGGUGGGAGUGGGGGUGGAUCUGGCCAGAAGGGUGGCCAGCAGCAGCAGCAGCAGCAACAGCCACAGCAGCAGCAGCAGCUUCCUCCCCUCACCUCCCAGCAGCUCAAUGACUGGUAUGCUGGGCGUGGGGCAGCUGCUUAG